AUGAAGGUCUCUGUGGCUUUAGGGGUCUGGACGCUCCUUGCUGCCUUGAUUUGGCCUUGCACCGAGAGCAUCUAUGUGAAAGUAAGUUGUUCUGUGGACUGGGUGAUGAUCUCGGUUAGCCCGUGUGGGUACAGCAGCAAUCUGUAUAUAUUUGCUGAUGAAUUACAUCUGGGAUCGGGUUGCCCCGUGACUCGGAUACAAACAUAUGCAUAUGAUUUCAUAUACCCUGUACAUGACUGUGGGAUCAGGAUAAAGGUUGUUUCAGAGGAUACUCUCCUUUUUCAAACAGAGAUGUACUUUAACCCUAGGAAUCUACAUUGUGACCAUCAGAAGAUCCCUUUGGAAUGUUCUGCCUCUAGGAAAUCGGUGUGGCUUACACCAGUUUCUACAGAAAAUGAAACGAAAUUGGACCCCAGUCCCUUUAUUGCUGACUUUGAGACCACACCGGAAGAACUAGGCUUACUAAGUUCAAGUCAGACGGGUUUCCUCCUCAAGGAGGAAUGGAGACUUGGAACUGGUGUCAUGAAUUUUGUUGGAAAAACUGUUUUUUGUAUUAAAAAAAGGUUGGUAUAAAUCUUUUCUUAGGUAUCUUAUCCCUAAAAAUCCCUAAUUCAGUGAAGGUCCUGAUUCAGGGAAGGUAUAUUUUUCAUUUUUUUAUUCAUUAGGGAUAUAGCUUAUUAAUUUAAUGCUAACUAUUAGGUAAUUUAUACUACCCAUUUAAAUUUUAUUUUCUCUUUUAUACGGUAGAACAAAAUGUUCUCAAUGACAAUAUUGAUC